ACAUUCUAAGAACAUAAGCAAACAAACAUCACAAGAAAACCAAGCAAUACACAACACACUUCGUUGCAAUGGCUUCUGCUCAGUGCUACAAAACCUGCGAACAAACCUGCCAACACAAAAACCACUACCAGCAGCAGCAGCAGCAACAUAGCUCAAUCGGACAGAAGGUAACUGACUUCUACAAAGGACACCACAAUGAUGGAACACAAUACUAUAGCCAACACAAAAAUCACAACCAGCAGCAGCAACAUGGCUCGGUCGGACAAAAAGUAACUGACUUCUACAAAGGACACCACAGUGAUGGAACACAAACCAAAACACAAUACUAUAGCGAGACAGAUGUGAUUUACCAACCAGGAUAUGUUGCCAAAAAUCAAAGUAACACAUGCACCGGAACACGUCACAAUCACAAUCACGCCGCUACUGGCACCACCAUUGUUACCGGCACCACUGCAGCAAAAUGCCAAGGGAGAAACAGGAGGGAGAGGAGAAACAUGUUCCAGAGGAUCAAGGAUGGCAUAUCAGGUCACAGCAGUGACAGUGGCAGUAGCAGUGAUGAGUGUGACAGCGACAAUGAGAACCGUCGCCACAGGAAGAACUGCAACUGAGGAGCAGCUGUACCAAUAAUAAUAAAUUGGAGUUUGAGUAUGGAAGUUUGCAGCUCAAAGUACAAUAUAUGUGUGUGGUGAUUAUGUGCAAGCAUGAAUAAAUUAGCUACAUAUAAUAAGUAUUAAAAAUGUAGCAAAAAAAACCCUAAUUAAAAGUAUCUUUAAAAUAAAAAUGAAUAUAAUUUGAUGUAUGAAACUAAGCCCGUGUACAAUGUUUGUGGUUCAAGUCUGAGUUUCAGAACUACCAUAAAAACAAAUGCAUGUUAUGUACUGCGAUCGACAUAAGAUCGAUGCUCCUAUUAUUAUAUAUAUAAAUAAAACUGUUUUGUGUGCAUUAAAA